CCGGAAAUUCCCGUUUUCAGCAACCUGAACUUACUGAGAAGUUGAGGUUGCCUUAAAAAUUCAUGGGAAGUUGAGAAGACUUGACACCUGGGUUUUCCGAGGUGGUGGAAAGAGCUUGUGACUCGGAAACUGGAGACCUCCAUUCAGGUUGGGCUCCCUCUCGGCCAGCUGGUGACCUUGGGGCGAGUUGUCUAACCUCUCUGAUCUUCAUUUUCCUCCCCUGCAAACAGCCGGUAAUAAUGCCCACCUCACUGGGUUGUUGGGUGGAUUAAGUGGGAUAAAUUAUGUGGAGGUGUUUGGCACCGUGCCCGGCCAAAGCAAACAAGCAGUUGGCAUGAUGGGAAUUUAACUCGUUUAGAGACCCUCGUGGCUCCCAUUUCACCAGGAAAUUGGAAUUACGAAAGCAUCUUCAGGGCCUAGUGCCAGAUUGACAGACCCUGUCUUUGUGCCCGGGAGAACCUCUACUGAAAUCUUUGGAAAAACAAUUUAGCUGAAUUGUAAUCGGAGAGCACCUUCUUUAAAAGCAGUUUUAUACAUUCAGAAACUCCAGAAGUUGGCAGUUCAGCUUGACUUACAAAAGAGCUGUUUUGCAAGAUGAUCCAUCUUGCAAGUGUUUAAGCAGAUGAUGCUUUGAAAGUAAAGCCUAGUUAGGAAGAUUUCUGUUCUAGAAAGCUCCCAAACCCAGCUUUCAGUGAUUAUUGAAAUUAGGGUUUCUUUCACAAUGUUAACAUUUGGGGUUCAGUAAUUCUUUGUUGUGGGGCCUUUUCUAUGCGUUGUGGGAUGUUUAGCAGCAUCUUUGGUCUCCACCCAGUAGAUUCCGGUAGCAAUCCCUUUCCCUCAGUUGUGCCAACCAAAAAUGCUUCCCGACGUCCCUCCCUGUGCGGGGGCAGGGUGCAAAUUUUCCCUUUCUCCCCCCUUUAGAACCACCAUGCUUUCUGUCAUCAGCCUAUCUGAGUUGUUUGAGAAGUUCAUCUUAUGUUUUUACUCUAAUAACCAACCUUUGUAUAGACUUGUAGAACUGCACAGAGUACAUCCAUGUGCAUCAACUGAUUUAACUUUUACAACUCCCCUGUGAGGCUGGUGUUAUUCCCAUUUUACAGGUGAGGAAACUGAGGCUUUGAGCAGUCAAUUACACAGUACGUGGUGUAGCUGGGAUAUAACUCAUGUCAUCUGGUUCCACGGACAGGUCUUUUCCUUCUGCAUCAGGCUGCUCUUUAUUGUAUUGAGACUUUCAAAUAGGUGGCGUUUCUGAUGAUUAAAUCAAGAUGUAAAGUAGAUUGGAAGCUGGAAACCUUUCUGGCUAGUUGAAAAUUAACAACAGUAAGCUAUUGUCUGACAGAGAGUAGGUCAUUCUAGUUAAAUAUUCUAGUUUAUAGUAAGCUCCCAUAAAUCCUGCAUACAGUUGAUGGAAUACCAAUGUGCAGAGAAUUAGAGUAGAAUAAAACGUGCCUAAUACUCUGUAUUGAUCCUGCCUUGUCCCUGGUGAUUUGCUGUCUCCUAAAACCAACUCGUAUAUGCAAAUUAGACAUUAGCUGGAAUGUAAAAGGUCAGGUUACUGAAGGCAUCUCAGAGUGGCUGGAGUGGCUGAGGCAUUCCAUUCAGCAAGUAUUUAUUGAGCUGCUUCUACAUGGCAGAUGCAGUGCUGGGUGGGGAUGCAGAGUGGGCCAGUGGACUCCAGUGAACCCGGGGUGCCUGGAGAACUUCUCCUCAAGGAGAGGGCAGGUCUUGGCCAGGCCAGACACACAGGAGGCCAAGGUCAGGGACAGCUUGGGGAGGGAGAAAGAACCUAAGUUAACACAGAGUCCAAUUCAGGAUCCCACACUGCUUCACCAUCCUUUUUUGAGCCCUCCAUUUCCACAUUUUAUCAUAGAGAAGGUAUUCUGGUGGCUUUUAACAUUCCCAUUCAAGUGUCAGGAACCUGGUCAGAGAUGAAUCUUAUCUCUGAAAGAAGUUGGGCUUCCAAGCUGGUAAUUGGUCUCAGGGGAUUGAGACCAGCUCCUUGAUUGUUGACUGUGAUCUGGGAGGUUCUGCAUGCAUUGUUUAAUUUCAGUGUGCUCCCUCUCUCCUCUUACAGUUGAGGAAACUCAGCUAGCAAAGGUAGUGUGGGACCAGGAGCUAGAGGGACGAACUGGGACCUUCUGAACUUCGGGUCCAGGCACACGAGGAAUUCCAUUUUCUAGGAUGGACAUAAUCUACUAGAGGACUUUGGGGACUGGAGGGAACAGGAAGACAAGGCACCCUACCCACCCCCCACCAACCUCGGGGUUUGUGGCAUGUUGGGGGAUGGGGGGAACCUGCGAUUUGUGGUCCUUCCCUCUCUCCGUAGGGGCUGGAAUGCCGAGGGCAAUCCCCUGGCGUUGACAGGCUGGGAGUGUGGGGCAGCCAGCUGGUGUAGCUUCCCUAGCCUGGGCUCUUCUGACCAACUCUAAUAGAGACAAGAUCGGACCAGCUUUCCCCACAAAAGAGAGGCUUCCUCCAGGGAUAGUGAGCUGCUGUCUCUGCAGGAAUACAAGCGGACGCCGGGCCAUGGCUUGGCAGGGACGCUAGAGUGGAGAACAGAACAUUUGGUGAGGGGCAAGACUCAGCCUGCACGUUCCUCCUGACACUGAGUGCCUUCUCCAAAUGCAACUCUGACUUCCCAGGCCGAGGGGCCCAAGAAUAAGGUUAUUCAACGAUAGUUAUGACCUCCCGGUUACGUGCGUUCGGUGGAAGAAUUAAUAACAUACGCACCUCAGAAUUACCCAAAGAGAAAACUCGAGCCGAAGUCAUCUGCAGCGUCUGCUUUCUAGAUGGCUUGGUACAGACCUUUAAAGUUAACAAACAAGAUACUGGUCAAGUCCUCCUGGAUAUGGCUUACAACUACUUGGGCGUGACGGAAAAGGAGUAUUUUGGUUUGCAGCACGGUGAUGACUCAGUGGACCCUCCUAGAUGGCUUGAAGCAAGCAAACCCAUCAGGAAGCAGUUAAAAGGAGGUAUCCCCUGUACCCUGCACUUUCGAGUAAGAUUUUUUAUACCUGAUCCCAACACACUGCAGCAAGAACAAACCAGGCAUUUGUAUUUCUUACAACUGAAGAUGGAUAUUUGUGAAGGAAGGUUAACCUGCCCUCUUAACUCAGCGGUGGUUCUAGCAUCCUAUGCAGUACAGUCUCAUUUUGGAGACCAUGAUUCUUCCAUUCAUCCUCCGGGCUAUCUUUCUGAUAGUCAGUUCAUACCGGAUCAGAAUGAGGACUUUUUAGCGAAGGUGGAGGCGCUCCAUGAGCAGCACAGUGGGCUGAAGCAGUCAGAAGCGGAAUCUUGCUUUAUCAACAUAGCCCGGACCCUCGACUUCUAUGGAGUGGAGCUGCACAGUGGUAGGGAUCUGCACAGUUUAGAUCUAAUGAUUGGAAUUGCUUCUGUGGGCAUCGCUGUGUACCGAAAAUAUAUUUGCACAAGUUUCUAUCCUUGGGUGAACAUUCUAAAAAUUUCUUUCAAAAGGAAGAAAUUCUUUAUACAUCAGCGACAAAAACAGACUGAAUCCAGGGAACACAUAGUGGCCUUCAACAUGUUAAAUUACCGAUCUUGCAAAAACUUAUGGAAAUCCUGUGUCGAGCACCAUACAUUCUUUCAGGCAAAGAAGCUACUACCUCAGGAAAAGAAUGUUCUGUCUCAGUACUGGACUCUGGGCUCUAGGAACCCCAAAAAGUCUGUAAAUAACCAGUAUUGCAAAAAAGUGAUCGGAGGGAUGGUCUGGAACCCGGCCAUGCAGAGAUCUUUAUCCGUGGAACAUUUAGAAACCAAGAGUCUACCGUCUCGGUCUCCUCCUAUUACUCCCAACUGGCGAAGUCCUCGACUCCGGCACGAAAUCCGAAAGCCACGACACUCUUCCGCAGACAACCUUGUGAACGAAAUGACGUACAUCACUGAAACGGAAGACGUGUUUUACACCUACAAGGGCUCCAUGUCCCCUAAAGACAGCGAUUCUGAGAUUUCUCAGAACCGAAGCCCACACCGAGAAGAAAUGAACUCUGUCCUGGCUUUUGUUUCCGAUGACUACCGCAUUUACAGUUCUGAAGCGUCGGCUUCUGAGGGCGAGCACCCGUUUGUCUGCCGGAGUAUAUCCGAGAACAACCCAGCACAAAGCUGCCUGACCCAGAAGUCAUCCAGUUCUGUGUCUCCAUCUUCAAAUGCUCCAGGCUCCUGUUCCCCAGAUGGCGUCGAUCAGCAGUUCUUAGAGGACUUCCACAGGGUGACCAAAGGGGGCUCCGAGGACUCCAGCCAGUACUACUGUGACAAGAAUGAUGGUGACGGCUACUUAGUCUUGAUCCGCAUCACACCAGAUGAAGAUGGAAAAUUUGGAUUUAAUCUAAAGGGAGGAGUGGAUCAAAAGAUGCCUCUUGUGGUAUCAAGGAUAAACCCAGAGUCACCUGCGGACACCUGCAUUCCUAAGCUGAACGAAGGGGAUCAAAUCGUGCUAAUCAACGGCCGGGACAUCUCAGAACACACCCAUGACCAAGUGGUGAUGUUCAUCAAAGCCAGCCGGGAGUCGCACACACGGGAGCUGGCCCUGGUGAUCAGGAGGAAAGCUGUCCACUCGUUUGCUGAUAUCAAAUCUGAAGAUGAACUGAACCAGCUUUUCCCAGAGGCCAUUUUUCCCGUGUGUCCGGAGGGUGGAGGCACGCUGGAGGGAUCCAUGGAACAGCUAAAGAAGGGCCUCGAAAGCGGGACGGUGCUGAUCCAGUUUGAGCAACUCUACAGAAAGAAGCCCGGUUUGGCCAUCACAUUUGCAAAGCUGCCUCAAAAUUUGGACAAAAACCGAUAUAAAGAUGUAUUGCCUUAUGACACCACCCGGGUAUUAUUGCAGAGAAACGAAGAUUAUAUUAAUGCGAGUUACGUGAACAUGGAAAUUCCUGCUGCUAACCUUGUGAACAAGUACAUUGCUGCUCAGGGACCCCUGCCACAUACCUGUGCACAAUUUUGGCAGGUAGUCUGGGAUCAGAAGUUGUCACUCAUCGUCAUGUUGACCACUCUCACAGAGCGAGGGCGGACCAAAUGCCACCAGUACUGGCCCUAUCCUCCCGAGGUCAUGGAACACGGCAGCUUUCACAUCCGCUGUCAGUCGGAGGACUGCACCAUCGCUUAUGUGUUCCGCGAAAUGCUGGUCACGAACACCGAGACCGGAGAGGAGCACACCGUGACGCAUCUCCAGUACGUGGCAUGGCCAGACCACGGCGUUCCCGAUGACUCCUCAGACUUUCUGGAAUUUGUGAACUAUGUGAGGUCCCUGAGAGUGGAAGGGGAACCCGUCCUAGUUCACUGCAGUGCUGGGAUAGGUCGAACCGGUGUGUUGGUCACCAUGGAAACAUCCAUGUGCCUGAUCGAGAGGAACCUGCCCGUUUACCCACUGGAUAUUGUUCGGAAAAUGCGAGACCAGCGCGCCAUGAUGGUGCAGACAUCAAGCCAGUACAAGUUUGUGUGUGAAGCGAUCCUUCGUGUUUAUGAAGAAGGCUUAGUCCAAAUGCUGGAUCCCAGUUAAGAUGACUGUGAAGACGUUCAUUCCUCUUUCCCAAGGGCGUCCUCCUUCUCUCUGGAAACAGCAAGAGGAAGUUGUAGGCUGUGGGAAAGGAAUGAGCAUAUUUGAACCCAAGCACUUUAAAUUUCUAUUAAAAGAAAAAGGUAUCGUGUACAUAGGAACUGUGUAGAUAACGCAUGCGGUUAUAGCAUCAUUUAGGCCCGCACCUCCUCCGGAGAGAUAAGCAGAAGGGGAUCUCAGUUUGGGGCCUGUCCUAAUGCCUCCCUCCUUCUCCGUCUCCAUAUUCCUGUAAACCAUCCUUGGGCAAUUGAGAGGGGACGCCAGCAACCCUGUUGACCUCCCAGAAACGAGAUGGUGUGGCUGUUCAGAGUUGCUUGGAUGAGUUGUGUGUAUAUGUGUAUAGGACUAAGGGCUGAGCUUUCCGUGCGUCUGGGCGGAGCUGGAACAGUCAGCGUUCACCUGCCCUGAUGCUAACGAGAAACCCCAUGAAUGUACUGAACGGCAGGGGGUGGGGUGUCAGGCCUAGGGGCAAGCGGUGCCUUUUCUGCCCUCCCUUCCUUGGUCCCAUCUCCCUGCCACUUCCAAUAUUCACGUUUCUGAGACUCGUGUCCAAAUGCCCUGCCUUCUCCCUGCAUCAGUGACCCUCCUCAGGUUCACACCAGCGCCUGAACCGGGCAGUGCAGGUUUCGGGUGAGUUUUCAGUUGAGACUCUGAGAACAAGGACUCCCAGUGUUGUCCCACGUGUUCGUUUUUGGAGCAGGUGCCUGUUGCCUCUGCUUUCCUCUUGCUGUACCCUCAGCACCCAGGACUGGAACCAUCCACUACUGAAUCUAAGACAUGGAUUGCUGCUACUUCGAGCUAUUACACUUGAAACGUUACAAUUUUCCUGAGGGGAGAUGGGAUGUCACCUAAAUAUUCAGAAUCUUUGGCCCUUCUGAGAAAAGAUCUAGUCGUUGAGCCAUGGGAAACCCAACUUCUAGAGGGUUGCCUGUGGAGGUGUGUGUGUGUCUGUGUGUUGUGUGUGCUCCCACGGGUGAGUGUUUCUUGGGAUUCCUAACUUGAUUCAAAUUACAGUUGAGUUUAUAUAAAGAAUGAGUCUCUGUAUAGAAGAACAAAUGUGUGCAUUCACUCUUAGUUACAAUGGUCUUCGUUUCAUUUCAAAGGAGAGGAUCAGACUAUCUGAAUAUAAACACAAUUUGAUGUUAAUUUAUUCUAAGUACACCAUGAUUUUGAUUGUCCUAAAGAAUUCUGCCUUUGUUAAUACUAUGUUAAUUUUUUUUUAAAUUUGUGACAGGAUUGUAGCAAAUUAUUAUUUAAGGAAAAUAAAUUACGUAAACAUUCUAAA